CCAAAAAAACAAAAAGCUGAAAGAAAUGGCGGUAUUUCCCUUCGGCAGAAACAAAAAAGAAAAGCCCUCGCAAGGAAAUUACCAUACUUUUUGCUUCGCUGAAUUGCGACUUCUCUCCUAAAUACACUGCUAUAACUGCAGAGUAACACCAAAAUCAUCACCAGGGUCGUUCAAAGAAGCUUGAUAUUCGAAUCAUUGCCUAGCCAAAAACAUAGAACCAAAACUAAAAAAACUAUCCUUGUUGUAUUAUCACUUUGAGUUCUUGGGUCACUAUAACAUUGGGUAACCCAAGGCAAACCCCACAAAUAACGAACUUCAAAAAGCUUGAGCACUUAUCCAAGAUGCUCACAAAAUUGCUUACUGCUAGGCAAUUUUCCAUUUCAAAAACCAAUGUCAACGCUUUCCGCUCUCUCUUAUUUAACCCGCUAUGCACGAAGAUUGAACCAACCCAAGUUACAGAAUCGCCCGAGCUCCCGAGUUGGGCCAAAGUCAAUCCUGCAAGUGCACAUGAAGAUGAUGAUGAUUUUGUUAUACCUUCUCUUGCUAAUUGGAUUGAGACUCGGAGGCUUGAUGACCCCCGUAAACUUGUUCAACAGUUUAUCGAUGAAACUACCGAGACGGAUGUCGAUAAGAUUAGUAAGAUUCUAAAGAACAGGUAUUCAUCGCCAGAAGAAGCAGCUCAAGCUCUUGAUGGGUGUGGUUUAAGUGUAUCAGAAAAUACAGUUGAACAGCUGUUAAAGAGAUUCAGCCAUGAUUGGGUCCCGGCUUUUGGAGUAUUCAAAUGGGCAAAACUGCAGGCAGGUUACAAGCAUUCCCCUGAGUUGUAUGACUUAAUGAUUGAUAUUCUAGGCAAAGCAAAGAAGUUCCAGCUCAUGUGGGAGCUGAUUGAGGAAAUGAACAAUUUGGAAGGGUACAUUUCAUUGUCCACAAUGACUAAGGCCAUGAGGAGACUUGCUAGAGUUUGUAUGUAUAAGGAGGCAAUAGACGUCUUCCGGGGAAUUGAGAGAUUCGGUUUAAGCAAGGAUGUUGUCGCGUUGAACAACCUUAUGGAUGCAUUGAUGAAGGAGAAAAGUGUUGAGCAUGCCUAUGAAGUUUUCUCGGAGGUCAAGAAAUCGAUACCCGUGAAUGAUCAGAGUUUCAACAUUUUGAUAAAUGGGUGGUGCAGAGCUAGACAAUUGGACAAGGCUAGGAAGAUUAUGGAGGACAUGGAGAAACACGGGUUUAAACCUGACACGUUCUCUUAUACUUGUUUGGUUGACGCAUACUGUGGUGACAAGGAUUUUCGCAAAGUUUAUGCUCUUCUAGAUGAAAUGAAUGACAAAGGUUGCACGCCGAACAUUGUCACGUACACCAUUUUAAUGCAUGCUUUGGGGAAGGCAAAGCAAGUAAAUGAAGCUUUGAAGGUUUAUGAGAAAAUGAAAGAGAAUGGAUGUGUUCCUGAUGCAUCUUUCUACAACUCUCUGAUUUUCAUACUUGGCAAAGCAGGAAGGCUGAAGGAUGCCCGCGAAGUGUUCGACGACAUGUCAAAGCAAGGAGUUGCUCCGAACGGGCUGACAUAUACUACCAUGAUUUCUUGUGUUUGUGACCAUUCGCUAGAAGAGGAAGCUCUGAAGUUGCUUAAGAAAAUGGAAGAAGAGUCGUGCAAACCGGAUCUUGGGACUUAUGCUCCCUUGUUGAAGAUGUGCUGCAAGAAAAAGAGGAUGAAAGUGCUUUACUUUCUGCUAAAUCACAUGUUUAACAACGACGUGAGCAUCGAUGUUGGGACGUAUUCGCUUCUUAUAACCGGGCUUUGCAAGAGCGGGAAAGUUGAACAUGCUUGCUCUUUCUUUGAGGAAAUGGUUUCUAAGGGACUGGUUCCUCAGUACAGCCCAUAUAAGAGGUUGCUUAAGGAACUUGAGGCCAAAAAUAUGGUGGAAACUAAGGAAAACAUUGAGAAGUUGAUGUUACAGGCAAAGGAGUUACGUAGUUAGUGUAUCUUCAGAUUUUGUGACAAUUUAAUUUAAAUUGAGAAUUCUUAAGGUUUCUUUUGGUUCCAAA